AAUUUUUCUCGUUUGAUUCUAUUAUCCACUUUUGCUUCAAACUUGCAUCAGCAGGAAAACUAACAAAUUCCAGACAAUAUUAUAUAUUUUGUGUCCUAAGAUAUUUACAAAAUAGAUGGAGUGCUACUGAGGCUCAGCGUUAUAUUUUUGCUCCGAAUGGGUAUUGUGUGUUGCCUAAUCAUGUUUACAAUCUAAUAUGCACUUUGGUUAACCUAAAAAGUGAAUUACUUACGUGAUCCACAUUUUGGUAAUUUUGGCAUUUUUAUGUUAAUUAAUAGUUCGUAGUAAUUAAUUUUAGGCGAACUAAAAUGUCACCGGGGCAAGGCUCCAAAGCGAUUAAAUAUCCGACUUUUAACUGUGAAAGGGCUAUUGUUGAAAAUUACUUCUGUAAACAUUGCAACUUCCAAACAGGACUGACAAUUCCUUUCAAACAGCACCAACUACAGUUCCAUUGUGAUAAAAGGAUAUAUAGAGACUUAUUGUUAAAUGGGGAACAUGGCAAAAGAUACACUUGUGAAAAGUGUAACUUCAAAACAAAGUUUUUAAUGAAAUGGUCUGAACAUGCUACAAAAUGUGUAGGAAAAAACAAAUGCAAAGAGUGUGGAAUAGUUUUUAGGUACCAAGAGUCUUUAAAAGCACAUAAAAUUUCCAAACAUCUUAACUCUGAUGAAACACAUGGGUAUCCCUGCUCCCUGUGUCCAUUUCGAGCUAAACAAAAACUACUCUUAAAAAGACACAUGAAUGGACACCGUCUCAAUACACAUUUAAAAGGUCAGUCGAAGAGACAACAUUUAGAUAAGAGUGAUCAGUGGUAUAAGUGUGAGAAGUGCCCAUAUAAAGCUAAAGGCAAAUCAUGUGUAAAACUUCACACCAUUAAUCACCAUUUAAGUGAGCAAGAGAUUAAAUGGUAUAAAUGUCAAAAAUGUUCAUACAAAGGAAUAACAAGUACUCGUUUAAAAGAACACAUAAAGGUGCAGCAUUUGGAACAACAGGAAAUUAAAUGGUAUGAAUGCAAAAUGUGUACAUUUAAAACUAAGUAUCCUGGAAAUUUACGUAAGCAUAAAAGUACACAACAUUCAGAUGCACAGGAUAUUAAAUGGCAUGAGUGUAAAGAAUGUCCUUACAAAGGCAAACGAAAGUCGGAUAUAAAACGACAUACACUUGUCCAUCAUUUGACUGAAGAGGAGAUAAAAUGGUAUGCAUGCCCAUUGUGUCAAUACAAAAGUAAAUGGAACCACUGCCUAAGGAACCACAUCAAUAACCGGCAUUAGAAUAGAGAUGGAAUUUUAAACGCGUAUGAUAACACUACAAAACCUUUCAGAUUUAGUAUACAAGACUUCAGUAUUGUUAUUGAAGAUGAAGAUAAGUACCAUCGGGAACACGGAAAACUGGGCAGAGGUGUCACACAAUUGUCAAAAUUUCUAAACCAGGCCUUUGCUGUUCAUAACCACGCUUUUAAUGUUUGGCGUAUUUCUCAUUUUGACACUGACAAAGUCGAAGUUUUAUUAAAUUUGUUUCAAUUAUAUUAACAUGCAGCUACUGCUCGAGAUUUGUUAAAAAUUGAUACAGCUGGCAUGUAGAACCAAUUGAUAUAUUUCAAAGUUAAUUUGACAGUUUUUUCAAAAAUAUCAAUCACAUUGACACUAAAGGUGCAUUUACAUUGACAUUUUUUGAAAUGACAAGAACAGACUGCCCAGAAUUCCAUGUCUCUCACGGUACCAAUCCUUUUACACUUGACAUUUGGUUACCAUCAUUAUUAUUGAUGUAUUACCUGUAUUACUUCUUAUUAUUGCUAAUAAAGGAAUAAAAAAUG